CUUAUUGAUGCAGAAGGGUGGUGUCUGUGUGUAUGGAAUGAGCUGCUGGAGGUGGUAGCGGUUCAUACAGUUACAACAUUUAGAAGGCAUCUACAUGUUUAUACGAAUAGGAUGGAUUUAGAGGGUUUUGGGCCAAAUGCUGGCAAAUGGGACUAGAUUAAUUUAGGACACUGGUUGGUAUGGGUGAGUUGGGCCACAGGGUCUGUUUCUGUGCUGUACUUCUCUAGGACUCUAAAGAUCCAGUGGUCCAAAACUGGUCAUGUUUAGGUGCUGUAGGCCAUCAGCAGCAGCAGAAAUACAUACAACUUCAUUUUUAGCUUCAUAAUGACUGACAUAUUCUUCACUCCUCUAUCAUAGUCAAGCCAGGUGACCAAGACUGAUUCAAGUAGGAAUAAAGACAUGCACAUGAACACAUGUGGAGAGUAGUAUCAGACAUACCUGAAAAUUAUGUGCCAAACUGGUGAUUUUAUAAUGUAAGAUUAUAGCAUUUUAAGCAGUGGCAGUAAAAUGCCACUUUUGGCUAUGUAAGGAACAGACCAGUUUAAAAACUCUGCAGUUCUGUCACAACUAAAUGUAAAAAUGUUGACAUCACAAGGAGGUUUAUUGGCUUUACCAUUCUCCAUAUUGACAAUACAGCACAACUGAGUGCAAAAAGGAGAUGAAGCAUUUGGCAGGAUGAUCUUCCGUCAGGAUUGUUGUGUGGAUAAUCCAUCUCCGCUUGCACCUGUGCUGCCGCCCCCCCCCCAGUCACAACUACAAGUUACACCGACUGAACAAUGUAGAUACUUGUCCUCUCACAAGCAGGCAAAUUCCAUCAGGUAAAUUUCCAUCUCAUCAGCAAUAUGGUUAAAGGAUUCAUCAGCAGAACAUCACAGUUACAAACUGCUCGCUGGUGUUCAGUUUUUUUGGAUUCCAUCAGAACCACUCAGAUCCAGGUUUCACUGUCUGGUUCACACUGUUUACCUCACAAAAUAUCAAGGCAGUAUUUGAUCAAAUGUGGUAACAUAAGGAAAAUCCCUCAGUAGCUAGAAAGCAAAGUAGUUGUCAUUGGAAGUCCACAUCUAAGUCUCAGAACAUUACUGCAGGAGUUGCUCAGGACAGCAUCCUAGGCUCAGCUACUUUCAACUGCUUCAACAUUGACCUUUCCCUUCAUUGUAAGCUCAAGUGAGGCUACUUCCUGAUCAUUGCACAACACAUAAAAUCAUUCCCAAUUCUUCAGCCAAUGAAAUAGUCCAAACCUGUAUUCACAAAAACCUUGGCAACAUCCAAGAUAGGGCUGAUAGAAAGACAAGUAAUAAUAUUACACCAAUGCUACUCAGUAAGAGAGCCAGACUACCUCCUCAUGAUGUUUAGAGGCAUUAGUAUUGUUGAGUGCAUGAGAAAGCACCAUCGCCUUGAAGCUUCAACCCGUGUUGAUUUGAAUGUUUUGCUCUCCUUUCAGUGUCAGAGUAUACCCUUGGAUUAAAUGAAUUUCAGAAUUACAGAUACAGAGAUGUUGGAUCGGAAAAUAAAUUGUAUGAAACAAAAUAACCUUUAGGAAAACUAAAUGUAGCAUGAGAACUUCUUUUAUUCAGUAAGAUGGUGUUUCAUUACAGAUUGUGUUACAGUAAGGUCAUUAACUCAAAUCCAAGGAAAUCUGACCACAAAUUGAUAACCAGAGCUUCAAAAUAGAUGAGGCCCUCGGUAAUCCAAUUUGCCUACAAAUGUGCUCUAUGUCAAAAAAAUUCUAAAUGAAACUGCAGUAUAUUUUUCAAUUUUUUGCAACUUACAAUGGCCUGAUCUUGAAAAAGUCAAAGACAGUUGUUGGGUGUUGAGUCGUACUCCUGCUUUUUGUUGGCCUUGGUAACCUGAGAGAUCAGCUGCCUAAUCUCUCCUGAUUCAUCGGUAGGAGCUUUGGUUGGUGCUGGGAGGAAAGAAUAUUAGCUUGACCCUCCAGUGUUGUCAAGGUGCAAAAGACAGUUAUCUGGAUGAUGAUGAUAAUCUUAAUUCCAUUAAAAUAGUUUGACUUGUUUCUUGAUAUAUACCUUAAAAAUGCUGAGUGUCAUUAAGACAGUUUUGCAUGGCUGCUUUCUUGAUAUUUGUAAAGCAACAUGGCUUCUUUUCCUUUCCUGUUCCAAGAAGAGGUAAUGUUUUGGUGCUGUCCAUAUUGGAGACACAUCAUAGCAGCGACACAUAACUUGCUGCAGUUUCUAGCACUUAAUCUUUAAACAUCAAAGAGCAAUCUGGCUUUACCUGCGUUAAAAUUAUUCUUGGCACAUACUUGUUCAGGCAGGAGUGAGACUAUUUUGGAGCCAAUCACCUGUCAUUGUUGCCUAACUGCUCCACUCUUACUGCUUUUCCUGUGGAAGACAGUGCCAUGCCUUGCUUUGAACUGGUCGAGCCAUUCAUUGCUACAUGUGGACUUGUUAUAGCCCAGUCUCUUGUUUGGCGAGAUUCACUUUUCUUGCUGGAUUGUGCUGGAGAUGGGAAUGUUUCCUGCCUGAGCUGUCUUGAACCACAUUAUCAGAACAUAUUCAUCGUUGCAAUAGACAGCCAUUUCUCAUUCUCCCCUUCUGGAGAGAAUGCCCACUUGUCAAAUUGCUCCAAGAUGUCUGCCUUCUGUUUCAGAGUGGUUGACAGCUCAGUGCUUGAAUCUUCCACUUAGCAAGAUCAGUUUAUAAUUUUGCGUCACGUAAUUCCACUUGCUUUAUCUACUUCAUUUUCUCUUUGCUAACACUUUAAACUUUCUCAUAGGUCUAGCCAAAUUUGCAGGCUUUGGAAUGUCCUUUCACAUAGAGGUCUUCAUUUUAAAUGAUGGCUUGCCCAGAGCUGCAUGAGGUCACACUCCAGUCUGGCCUAACUUCACUCUGGUUGGUUAGCAUGGUGAGAUAUCAAGCUUGUCUAAUCCGAAAUGACCAGUUCAGAAUUUUGUCUUUUCGCUGACAUCAUUCUAUUGGCUUUGCUAUUCUUCUUUAGGGAAUGGCUGAUGACUUCAAUAGAUCCAAACUUUUGGGUUGUCUGAUUUGACUCAUCAUGAUUUAACUGUAAGAUAUCUUGAAUGCUGCUCCAGUUAAUGGGGAAUGCCAUUCCAGGAAGAUUGCAAACUGCUUAGGUGGAUACAGUGGAACUUCAACAAUGUUUACAUUUCUAAAACUGCUCAGUUGAGGUAUCAUUAAUUUUAUAUUUGAAGUUUGUAGGAGCUUCACACCAUGCUUCUUCUGAUCUUGAAAUGCUCCAAGCCAUUGUUUUUGUGGAUUUUGUUCCUUUUUAUACACCAAUUAGAGCAUUUUAUAAUGCAGUGCUACUUGAUGGUAUUCACACAGAGAUGUUAGAUAUUGCAUUAGCCUACAAUGGGAUUUGAAACUUAUCCACUGACAUCAGUAUCGGCUCAGACACUGCCUUCAUCAUAGAUCAUUUGCGUACAUAACAGUUAGAGACAGACUGCCACGGAUACUCACCAAGGCUGUUGAUUCAGUACAUCGACACAUGGAUAGUUUUUUUAAGGAACAUGGACAGUUCUAGACUCCCCCACAAGAGAGACAUCUUCUCAGGAUCCACCCUAUGAAUCCCCUCAGGACCUUACAAGUUCCGAUAAGAUCACCUCUUAUUCUAAUAUAUUUUGGAAGGAGUUGAGGCUGAAAAGAGAGCUAUCUAUCUCUUGGCUAAGUUACGAAAUGAGGUGCAAACGGACAAGCCAGCACUACCACUUACAGAUGGAUUACCUGAUGUUGACUUGUGGAAUGAAUACCUGGAACAGCAACAAGCCAGACUGGAUAAAGAUGAACACCCCAGCUGGUUUAAAUCACCCUGGUUGUACAUGGAGUGUUAUAUGUACCGUAGGAUUCAAGAAUCACUACAACUCAAUCCUCCCAUGUGUGAUUUUGAUGUAUUUAAUGAAGCAAAGACCCAAAGUUUCGUCGGGUCACAGCAAGCUAUCAUUGCUCUCUGCACCUACUUUCUGGAAAUUACUAAGAAAAUAGAAGGUUUUAAGGAUACUCAACUCAAAGCUGAGCUUCUUCUACUCAUGCAGGUUGCACUGUGGGGAAACAAAUGUGACCUUUCUAUUUCUGCUGGCCAGGACAACUCUCAGAUGUUCAAUCCUUUAGCCACUCUGGAAUCUUUGAAGCCUUUCAUCCUGGUAGAUGAUUUUGAAUGUAUUUGGGAACUCCUCAUUAAUAAUAAGAAAAAUAAAACAUCAGAAACAACGUGCACCCGCAUAGAUAUUGUCCUUGACAAUUCUGGAUUUGAGCUGGUAACUGAUUUGGUACUGGCAGAUUUUCUCAUAACCUCUCAACUGGCUGACGUGAUUCACUUUCAUGGCAAAAGCAUACCUUGGUUUGUUUCUGAUGCGACCAAGAAAGAUUUUGAUUGGACGUUAAAGAAGAUGAAGGAAGCCAAUCACAUGCAGAUGUCCACGUGUGGUAUGAUGUGGGAAAAGAAUGUGAAGCAAGGAAUUUGGAUUUAUCAUGAUCACCUUUUCUGGACCGGCCCUCAUGAGUUUUGUGACAUGUCUGUUGUUGCGCAUGAUUUAUAUAUUGAAUUACAGAAAUCAAAUCUGAUCUUUUUUAAAGGAGACCUGAACUAUAGGAAACUAACUGGAGACAGAAAAUGGAACUAUACGGUUUCUUUUGACACAGCCUUGCGUGGCUUUCAACCCGCAGCACUUUGUAGCUUAAGAACACUGAAAGCUGAUAUUCAGGUUGGCUUAAAACCAGGGCAAGGUGAGCAACUGGACGUCUCUGAUUCUGAAUGGAUGACCAGCGGACGCUAUGGUGUCAUUCAGUUCAGUGGUGCUUAUCAAAAAUGAUACUUACAAAUCUACCUGUAUGGUGUAUCAGCCAGUCUGGCUGAUCAUGGGGCUGCUCUGUAACAGUUAGCAUGCUUCUUUAUUGUUUACAGAAUACAUACUGAUCUUAAAGCAAGUUAUGGUUUAAGAUAUUUAUUUAAAUUUUUUGAGGGAAAGUUUUUCGGAAUGUUCUUUUAAAAAUCUAUGAGAACAUUAAUCUCACAGAAAACAAACUGUCUUGAUGUGAAAUACUCCCCUAAUGUUAAAUUAUAAAAUUAACAAUGUCAGUUCAUUCUUGAUUAAAAUGUUUCUAGUAUUGACUUACCAUAUGCUGAUUCCAGUUCAAACAGUGUUUUUGAACUCUUAUCAGAUUCAGUAACAAAGAAACAAGCAAGAAUUUAAGUGAAAUAUAUACAGGUUUUCUUCUAUGUAAACUGCUAAAUAACUGAGAAAGAUGUAUCACCAUUCAUACCAGUCUUAACAUUGAAUGUUUAGAUUAAAGAAUGGAUGUUGUAUCUGACUAUGGGUUGUUUUAACCUUUUUGGCCUUCCAGUGAACUGAUGAUCUCUUUUACACUCUUCACUAUGUUCAAUGGAAAGUCAAAGUAAAACAGGCAAAAUGUGUAAAAUGGGUCCCUGAUCAAGUUACUUACUGGAUGAGUACGGUUAAAAUUAUUCUUAGUCACACACUGCUUAUAGUAAGUUAGACGUUUGAGAAUCAUUUGGAUUAUUGAUCAUGUAUUAAAUUUAUUGGGAUGCUUAUUUAAAUGAAACAGUAGCUUAACCAUCAUUAUAAAAAUUGCUUUUGAUCAAAUUGUUCCGACAUGUUAUGCUCACCUUCAUGGCAGAUGGGACUUGAACCCAAACCUGCUGGCCCAAGGUAAGGACGCUAGCUUUUGGAUUUAGAUUCCACUAGUUGCCAUGAUGGGAUUUGAACACCUGAUACCAGAGCCUUAAUCUGGGCCUAUAAAUUGCUAGUCCAACAGCAUUGCCACUGACUUCAUUUCUCCAAAAUUAUUUUUAAUUGGCCUGUUUUGACAUAUAAUGACAGGCAUGCAAAGCGGGUAGAAUAUGAACCUGGACUUUCUUACACAGAGGUACAGAUACUAGUACUGAAUAAAAAGAACCCACAGCAAAUUCACUGAAGCAGUUGAUCACUUGAUAAUGUAUGAUGCAUGCUAUUGCAGAUUUGUCAUACAUCUAAUCUACGCAACUAGCUAAGGAUGGAAUUACUUCUGUUCUUACCCCCUUAACGUUGCAGUAUGAUGUAAAUUGCUGAUUUUUAAAAUAAACUUUGGCAAGUUCAUUAAUCUUCUUAUCUACUUAAAAAAACUAUUAAGAUAAUACACAUUAAAAAAACUCUAGUCCUGGAAGAAUUAUCAAAAUAAACCAAAAACAGGCUGCUCCAUCUUAAAAUACCUUUUUUUCACACAUAGGUUUGCCGCUGUUACAUUAGCCCUAUACUUAUCACCUAUUCUUUUCCCUGUGCAUGGAUUCUUUCAUCUGCGCACUUGUGCAUCUGCUCAAGGAGUUUGGAUAUUGUGACUGUUAAAUUAUUCAAAAUGACUUUCAAUUCUUCACUGAUAAAAGGGUAAAAGGGUUUCAUGCUUAGUCUAGACAGCUUUCAACCCCAUAAAACUGUACCUACAAGCUUGAUCUUCCUUGUAUGCUGUAUGCCCUGAUCAAACAAGCUUGUAUUUUUGCUUCGUAAUGUAUUCUAAAGAAAAUUCCAUCACCUCUUGAGAUUUAGCCAUCGUUCAUAUGUUUAAAGUAUGCUGUUUAUUUCCAAAGUAAAGAUUUUAUUGUUAUUUGUGUGCUAUCAUCCUUGAAUUAUAACUUUAAAGCACGCAGAUCUUAAUUUGUAAA